AUGAAACAAAAAAAAGAUCAAGCAAACAUCGAUCCAAGGUUUGACAAUUUAUCAGGAAAAUUUAAUGAAGGAUUAUUUGAAAAAUCUUAUGAAUUUAUAGAAGAAUAUAAAAAAUCAGAGAUUAAUGAAAUUUCUAAAAGAAUUGAAAAAGAAAAGGAUAUUGAAGAAAAACAAAAAUUACAACAAUUGUUAGAUAAAAUGAAGUCAAAAUUAAUUAAAGAACAAGAUCAUAGGUAUAAAAGACAACUAAAGAAUGAGAGGAAGAAGAAAGAAUUAGAACUUGUUGGUAAAGGAAAGAAUCCCUAUUUCUUAAAAAGAGCCGAAGAAAAUAAAUUGGAAUUAAUUGAUAAAUAUAAAAAAAUUAAUAAUAAUAAAAAGAAAUUAGAUAACAUUAUUGAAAAACGUAGGAAAAAGAAUGCAUCAAAAGAAAUUAAGCAUUUACCUUUUAAGAAAAGACGAAAACUUGACAGAUGA